AUGUCGACGACUACAUCGCCGAACCCCCGUGUCGGCGUGGCAGCCAUCAUCGCCAACGCCCAGGGCCAGAUCGUCAGCGGCAAGCGGCAGGGCAGCCAUGGCGCCGGCACGUGGCAGCUGCCGGGCGGCCACCUUGAGUAUGGCGAGUCUUUCUUCGCCUGUGCCGAGCGCGAGGUACUCGAGGAAACAGGCCUGCGCGUGCGCGGCGUCAAGGUCGCUGCCGUGACCAACGAUGUCUUUGCCGACCAGGGCAAACACUACAUAACCAUUUUCGUCAAGUGCGAGAUGGAGGAUGCGACAGCGCAGCCUGAGGCCAUGGAGCCGGAGAAAUGCAGCGCAUGGUUCUGGAAGUCGUGGGACGACAUGCGCCACUUGGAAGACGCUGGCGAGAACUUGUUCCUGCCGCUCGUCAAUCUCUUCAAGGAGCAUGCUGACAUCGACUCUCUGCUUUGA